AUGACCAAGGCUCAGAAAGAGGCAAAGGCAAAGAACGAGCUCCGUCUGAAGCAAAUGCUUGAGGUUGGAGAAGCAAAGGUUGCAGGUCUGGAAGAGCCCGAGGUGAAGAAGAAGCCCAUCUAUGACGAUCGUAAGAAGAGGAAAAAGCAGAUCGAGACCCAGAAGGAGAAAGAAGCCCGUGAAGCGGAAGAAGCAGCAAAGAAACUAGCGGAGCUCAAGUUGGCUGAGGAGCAAGCCGCUGCCGCUGCCGCUGCCGCCGAGAAGGCUCGUCUUGACGCUGAAACGAAGAAGGGCGAUGAUGACGACGCUGCGGAAGACUGGGAGGCCGAAGCCGAUGAGCUUGAUGGCGUUAAAGACAGCUGGGAUAUUGACACAGACGAAGAGGAGGAGCGCAAAGCCACGGCGAAGAAGGCCAAGGAAGAGAAAAUGGCAGCCGAGAAGGCAGCAGCCGAGAAGGAACCACAAUUCAAGGACACCAAAGCGAAGUCUGAUUUUGAUUCUGAUUCUGAUUCUGAAGAAGACAGCGAGGACGACUCCUCGGAAGAUGAGCAGGGUACUGCCACGCAGCGAGCCGAGGCUGCACGAAAAGCCGCUGCCGCCGAGCGAAGAAAGCAGGCGCAUGAAGAGGCUCUGGCAGCACGAUCCAAGGACAAUCUGCGAUCACCCAUCUGCUGUAUUCUCGGUCACGUCGAUACUGGUAAAACGAAGCUGCUCGACAAGAUUCGUCAGACCAACGUGCAAGAAGGCGAAGCAGGAGGCAUCACUCAACAGAUUGGUGCCACUUACUUCCCUGUAGAGGCUCUGGAGAAGAAGGUUGCCGUUGUCAACAAGGACAAGUCAUUCGUCUUCAACGUCCCCGGUCUUCUAGUCAUCGAUACACCUGGUCACGAGUCGUUCACCAACCUCCGUUCCCGCGGCUCAUCGCUUUGCAACAUUGCCAUUCUUGUCAUCGAUAUCAUGCACGGUCUUGAGCCUCAAACCAUUGAAUCGAUGAAGUUGCUGCGCGACAGGAAGACGCCUUUCAUUGUCGCUCUAAACAAGAUUGAUCGUCUCUUUGGCUGGAAGAAGAUAGAUAACAACGGCUUUGAAGACAGUUUCAACCUUCAGAAGCAGGCCGUGCAAUCGGAGUUUGAGGAGCGCUGGACGUUUGUACGCACCCAGCUUCAGGAACAGGGGUUCAACUCUGAGCUCUUCUUCAAGAACAAGAACAUGGCCAAAUACGUCUCUGUUUGCCCAACCUCCGCACACACUGGAGAAGGUAUCCCAGAUAUGAUCAAGCUCAUUGUCAGGCUUACACAAGAACGUCUCACCAACAACCUUAUGUAUCUGUCCGAGGUUGAGUGCACGGUGCUCGAAGUCAAGGUUAUUGAGGGUCUCGGUACGACCAUUGAUGUCAUCUUGUCCAAUGGUGUCCUUCACGAAGGCGACCGCAUAGUGCUAUGUGGUAACCCAGAACCAAUCGUAACGAACAUCCGAGCACUUCUGACACCAGCCGAGAUGAAGGAACUCCGUGUCAAAUCACAAUAUGUACACAACAAAGAAGUCAAGGCUGCCAUGGGUAUAAAGAUUGCCGCCGAUGGUCUCGAUCAAGCAAUCGCUGGAUCACGACUUCUCGUUGUCGGACCCAACGAUGACGAAGAGGAUCUCAUGGACGAGGUCAUGGGAGACUUGGCCCAUUUGCUCAGUAAAGUUUCCAAGACUGGUCGUGGUGUGUCCGUUCAAGCAUCAACACUCGGUUCGCUUGAAGCUUUGCUUGAGUUCCUGCGGGUUUCCAAGAUUCCCGUAGCCACCAUUUCCAUUGGUCCCGUAUUCAAGAAGGAUGUUCUACGUGCCGGUGUCAUGUUAGAAAAGGCCAAGGAAUACGCAGUCAUGCUGUGUUUCGAUGUCAAGGUCGACAAGGACGCCAAAGCCUAUGCCGAGGAAAUCGGAGUGAAGAUUUUUGAAGCGGACAUCAUCUACCACUUGUUUGACAAGUUCACUGCGCACAUGAAGCAACUUGAGGAACAGCGGAAAGAAGAGUCAAAGAUGUUGGCCGUCUUCCCCUGUGUACUCCGCCCUGUCGCUGUGUUCAACAAGAAAGACCCCAUUGUCAUCGGUGUCGAUGUUACAGAUGGCAACCUGAAAAUCACAACGCCGAUUUGCGCUGUAAAGAAGAAUCCUGCAACUGGUGUCAAGGAGAUUAUCCAACUCGGUAGAGUGUAUGUCCCCACUUCCGCUUUGCCCAUAAUUUGA